CAUGACUGAACAUGGCGGACGAUGUGCUGUGCAGUGGUAUCGCGUAUGAGCACAUACAUUCUCUACAUAUUCAAUUUACGCGAGUUUCAGAAGAAAUCUGGAGAUUUAGCAAGAAUGGAAUGGGAUGGUUAUAAAAGUUGUAUUCAACUUCAAUCUAAAAAGAAUAUGGAAGAUAAAACAUCAAACAGACGAUAUAUUUUAGCUGAAUUUAAUACUACCAAUGAUUUACUGCAGCCCAUUAUAGGAUUCUCCAGAAUAAAGUACACAUGUGUAGCUGUAUGUAGACAGUUUGUUGCAUUUGGAGCGUCUACUGGUGGUCUUUAUAUCUUCCACAGAGAAUCAAGUAAAUAUUUACAAGUAUUGGCUAAUAAGGAGGGUUUUUUGACUCAUAUUGCAUUUGCUCCAAAUGAAAACCUGUUGGCACUUUCAACAAGGUGUGGUACAGUUGCUGUAUGGGAGUUGACAAACAUUGAAAAACGAACCAAAGCAGAGCGACUGACAACUUCACUAGAACAUAAAGACACCAAUGUAACCGCUUUACUCUGGGAUUAUAGCAACUCAAAAGUAUUUGUUGGCGAUGAACAAGGAAAAGUUACGGCCGUUAAUGUUCCUACUUCAAAGGCAGCCGGGCUGUUCCAGAUUCCAACUGAGCUGAUAUUGAAUGGCGAUUCUAAAAUAAACCAGUUGGAUAGUAGAGGCGACUUAUUACUGGUAUCCACCUUAACAAAAUGCUAUGUUUGCAACACAUCCAGAUUAAAAUUCUGGACCGUUGGAAAGAAAAGCAGGGAAGGUGAAUAUGGUGCUUGCUUUAUACACAAUGCUGCCAAGAAAACUGAUCUUAUUUAUUCUGCUCGACCAGGAUCAAGAAUAUGGGAGGCUGAUACCAAGGGUAAUGUGUUAAAGACUCACCAGUUUAAACACAUGUUGGCAAUUCCAUCUACUCCUGUAUGUGGUAUUGGACAUUGGCCAGUUUUCACUGAUGAUGAUUCUUGUCUGACACAGUCGGUUGCCUUUCCAAGAUUAAUUCCAGUGAAAGAUCGUUAUCUAUUGAGCUGGACUCAUAAAGGCCUUUACGUAUUUGAUCCAUCCACCGUGGAGGUACUUUUAUGGACAAGCGAUAUUCAAGAUGUGGCACAGAUUGCUGUUUACAACACAGAUAUUUACUGCCUUUAUCAAAAUUCCAAAAUUCAGAAGUUGAAUCUCAUCCCAGUGGAGAAAUGCAUUGGUUAUCUAACAACCAAACAACUCUGGUUGCAAUGUGCUCAACUUUGUUGCCAUUUCGAUAGAACGUUAUUGUCAGUUAAAAAACGGAAAUAUGUACCCGUUUCCAUGGUUAAGGAUAUUAUAGAACAUUUACGAAACAAUGGUGAAACGUAUGAAGAAUUUGAGGAGAAAUUAACAGAAUUAGUGAAUCAAAUAGAACAUGUACUAGAAUCGGGCAGUAUAAGCAACUGUAGUAGCCGAAGAAGCAGUGUGUCAUCAUGCGAUAUCAUACGCAUGGAUUCUGGUAUUUACAAAGUAAAUCCUUCUAAAGUUAAUGAUUUUACAGUCGACUUGGAGGCUCACAAUUGGUCUGCUUUAAACUGUGUGGAUGAUGAAGAUCCUUGCUUUGAUGAUGUUGCUCUUGUUGCCAUGGGAACAGAUGAACUUCUCAAUGAUGCAAACAAGUUGGAGGAUCUAAAAGAAAUAGACAUGGAGAGCUGGUUUAAUUGUACUGAUAAUGUUGCCAUGACAAACAAUGAUAGAGCAUGUCAAGAACAGAACAAAACUUUUGAUGAUGACCACAGAAUGAGGGAAAAUCUGUCGCUGAAUGAAACUGACAGACUUUUGAAUACAGGGGAGGGAUAUGAAACUGUGAUCGAGUUUUCUGAACCAAAUUUAGAAAAUUCUGAAUUAAUGACAAGUGCGAUAAAUAUUGAAAUUAAUAAUCUGGAUUUGGAAGGAGAUUUAUAUCCUGUUGUUGCCAGGCAACAAAAUGAUGAUCUGGAAGAGAGUGUUAAAGAUAUGAUGGAGAUUUCUCUGGGGUCGUCGCCAUCAAAGGAUCUUGACUCUGCAGAUAUUUUAGAGGAUGUUGAAUUAUCAGAGAAUGUUGCUGAUGAGAGUAAAGAGAUAAAUUAUGUAGAGAUAACACCAGUGAUUUGUGAUGAUAUUGUUGAUGUGGAUCAAAAAGAAAACUUGGAAGCUGAUUCUGUUAUAUCACCAAAUAUUGAAGAACACUUGUCUACAGAUGAUAAAAAUAAUGAUGACAAUUGCCAUACUGAAUUGGUCGACGAUAACCAGCAAGAAGACUUUGCUCCAGUUUACGUCUCAUCAGUGAAAUCCCACAGUAAAAAACACAAGAGACGCAGAAAAAAGAAAAUUAAUCCAGCAGAAAUUAUUUCAUCGUUGCCUCAGUUAAAUGGAAAUACUGAGGCUCUGUUGGGAAAUAAACUGCCAUCAUCUGGACCCAUCAACAAUUUACAAGAAGUACAAGAGAGUCAGUCACCAAGAGAAACGCCAUCUUCCGAACAAAUUAUAUCAGUAUCCCCUUCCCCAUCCACAUCUCAACCAUUGCCUGGAAACCUACCAGCGUUGCCCAUGGUUACCAGAAAGAGCCCACUAUCCUCUCCUACUAGAGAUUCCAGACAAGCUCCUGCCAAAAAUGAAAUCCCAACGACUAAAAGGAACUCAACAAUAUCGUCAUUACCUGAUGAUGAUGUCAUCCAGUUGUCUUCAUCUUCAUCGUCCUCCACUGCAUCACCAUCCGUCCCAAGACGCUUCCUGUCACAUUCACCUGUAUCUUCAUCACCCACUAGAUCACCUCCAAAAAGAAGCGUAUCUGAUCCUUUCCGGCAGUCACCGUCAUCACCUACACAACCAUCAAAACAACUCCCAACAUCAGCAUCAUCAAAUAUUGCACACCCAUCUCCUCUUCCUUCACCAAGUUCUUCUCCUAAGUCUACAUCUAUCUCCAUGGUAACUUACAUGGGUGUGCCAUAUCCAUCGGCUUCCUCUGCAAAAAUACCAUCUUUGUCGGCUGUGAAGGACAGCAUCUCAUCCAAGAUAUCCAAAACAAAGGCCUUCUUCCAUAUCCAUACUGGUCAUAAUGAAAGUGGAAAUCUGGCAAACCGACCGACGGACUUAUGGAUGGACAGUAUGCCAAAAUCAGUUGUCUCUCAAGAGGAAAAGGUUAUGACAACUUUAGAUUUAACGGAUUUGAUUAAAGCUACCAGAGAUGCUAAAGUUGCAUUUACAGAUAUAGCAACACUUCUGGACCCAAAGAACACUAAGGAUGUUCUAACAAGGUGGUUGCAACACUUAGAUAUAGCACAAGAUCAAAUUAAUGGUUUUCUCAUUCGAUUACCAGAAAAUGAGAACAGAGAUGUCAAAGGCAUCUACAAUGUGUCAGAAGGAGAUCUCAAACACAUACGUGAACUAGCCACUUCAUGUUUUGAUCUCCAAGUGUUCGGCAGUAUUACGCAGAAAUUGAUAAAAGAUAAAAUGGAGGACAUUACUAUGACAACACAUAAUAUAUUACCAGAUGAUGUUGAAACUGUCAAAAUGAGAACUGAUGAUGAAGCCAUCACUGGUGGUGAGAGGGAAGCUUUUGAACAUGAUGAUGAAAAUGAAGAUGAUGUUGAUGACAAUUAUUUACAGAAACCUAAUGCAGGGGGUGAUGCACCUGAUAAAAAAACAGUUCAGGAUGAAGCAACUGAAGAUGAACUUGUCAUCUCGAUGGACGAGAAUCCAGAAAGUGUAAAAACUGUGUUUGCAGGUGUCAGAUGCAUUGAAGAUUCUAAAAUCCAUGUAACCGAGGACAAUGAACCUGCAAUCCAUCUAACCGAGGAAAAUGAACCUGCAAUCCAUCUAACCAAGGACAAUGAUCAUCAUGAUGAACAAAUAUUGGACUACCAGUCAGCAAUGUUUAUUCACAGAUUCAAAUAUUGGUUGGAUUUUGGACAGAUUAGAAAAAUUCUCCGUUUACGAAAUGGUCCAGUAUGUGAGUCCUGGAGGGGUUUGCUGAAUGCCAUGCACGCAAGGGAAGAUGCACCAGAAUGGUUAACAAAUACAGAUUAUAAAGAAGUCAUAAAAUCUAAUCACCAAUCAAGAGUACAUUUACUUAUUUACAUUGACAGGCUUUUCAAGAAUGAUGCACUAAUUGCACUGGACUGCUGUAUCCAUGGUUACCCAUUAGUUCAUCCAUCUGAGGUACUGAGGUUUUGUGCCGAGUAUGACAACAGCCAAGAUCUCAUCGUGCAGUAUUUGCAUAAAAUAAAUGGGUGUGAAAAGAGAGAUCAAAUUCUUGCAGAUUUGUGUAAAGAUUGUGAGGUCAGAGGUCAACUACUUGAAUAUUUGCUUUCCCACAAUACAACAGAGAACAAGUCACUGCUGUCAUGUGACUGUGGAAUGCCAAGACCAGAAGCUAACCAGUAUAUCUGGCCGAAUGAGGAGACAAUGAAGACAAUCAUUAAAUCUACAGUUUUAUCAGAUCACAAAGAACACAUCCUUUCAAUUUGCAAGAAAUACAGUUAUUGGUUUGGCUUUAUCACCUUAAGCAGACAUAAUCUGUCCAAGACGGAUUGGUUGUCGUAUAUUGUACAGCUAGCAGACGUUCAUCUUGUACACCAUCUCCUCACAGAAAUAUCCUUAUCAUCGGUAGAAUGGAAAUUAAUUCUUGAAUUAUUCCAAAAGAUGUACCAGACAGACAAUGACAAUGCUUGGAAGUAUGUCUGUUUACAUUGUGGAACUACGCUACUAACAUCCAACCAAGUUGUGAAUCGCACACUAACCUGGCAGAGUUUAGCCGAGUUAUUAGUCAAAUAUACCGGGAUACAGACGUCUCUGGAAUUAUUACAACAAGUACAAGUACCUGAAAAUUCACUUUCUGUAGAAUUUUUUCAAAACUGUAUUUUCUCAGCAACAAUAGACUAUCAUCAAAGGAUUAUUGUUCAUGGAAUCUUAGAAAAAAUUGACACAUAUCUGUGGUCAAAAAGAACCAACUUGCUGCAUUCCAGUCUUAUGUACAGUGCCAUGAAAGAAAUGAGGCAAAGCAUAGCGCCCUCGGUAGGCCAAAUGCAUGAUUUGACAAAGGCUAAUUGUGACAGUUUACAAUUAACGAUGGAAGAAACUGACAUCCAUUGGGGAAUAUCAUCAAAGAUUGACAGGGAUUGUGUAAUCUGUGGGGUUUCCUUAUCAAAUCCCAUCCAUCAGAUGGAUUCCUCUGUUUUGGUGGCAAAAUGUGGGCAUAUUUUCCACAGACGGUGUCUCCCCGGUAUGAUAUGCAUCAUUUGCUACCCAACAUAAUGGUAAUACCGAUAUCAUCAAAAUAAAUCACUGACGUUGGGAUUAACAAUAAGAAAAUAAGCUGAUAAUCCUGGAAAGAAGACUUAGAGACUUCUUUAUAGUCACUCUCAGUAAAUUCUUACCAUCACUAACAACUGCCAUUAGUCAUCUGCAUUCAGCCAAAAUAAAGGAGGAUAUGUUUUCUUAAGUUGUCAAGUCAAAAUUCAAUACUUAAUUUAAUAUCAGGCCAAUCAAGUUACUCUUUCUCUUCAGUGGGUGACAUGCCAG